AUGGCUGUGAUAGAACCCAAUUACAAACCAUGUAAAGAAGAAGCUAUUAGAUCAAGAUUAAUAGCGUUGACAUCAAAUGUCAAAGAGUUUAUUAAAAUGGAGUUGUGUGAUUCCCAAAGUAUUUCUUGCACUUCAGAUUGCUGGACCUCCAUAGCGCAAGAAUCUUACAUCACAGUAACUGCUCAUAUAAUUGACUCAAACUGGGGCCCAAAAUCGUUGAUGUUAACCACCAUUGAAAUGGAUAAACGCCAUACUGCGGAAAAUCUUGCGGAACAACUACAUAAUAUUUUUCAUGAAUGGAAUAUUUCAGAAAAAGUGUUAGCCGUGGUUACUGACAAUGCAAAAAAUAUUGUCAAUUCCAUUCCAUUAAUUUCAUCAACGAACGAAAAACAAAUUUUUAAUAUUAAAUGCGCAGCUCAUACCUUACAAUUAGCUGUAAAUCAUGCUAUGAAAAUCGAAUGUAUAAGUGACAUAAUCAACCAGUGUAAUAAAGUUGUUGGACACUUUAAGCAUUCAGCGUUAGCAGUACAAUCUCUGGAAAAAAGACAAGAACAAAGUGGCUUGUCAAAAACUAUAUUACUUCAAAGCUGUAAGACGCUGUGGAACUCCGUAUAUUUGAUGUUAGAACGUUUAUACUUAAAUAGAUGUGCUAUUUUUAAUGUUUUAACAGAUAAAAAUAUUACAAAUCGAUCAUUAGCUGAAAAAUUAGAAAUAAAAGAAACUGAAUGGACAUUGAUUGAUUCACUUAUUAAGGUUCUUAAGCCUAUCCAUAUGACCACAACUGUUUUAUGUACUGAAAAACACUCUCCGAUUUCGAUGAUAAGAAAAAAAAUUAUAGAAAAACAUUUAUUACAUACUGAUGAUAAAGUUACUGUCAUUCAGAGUUUUAAAAAAACAAUAGUGUUGGAACUUGAACGCCGAUUCUUUCUCGACUUAAGCCCAACAGAACAAAUAUUGCCUGAACAAAUUGCAUCCUUCCUUGAUCCUAGGUACAAAUAUUUGGAGCAUGAGGCGUUAUCCACGCGUGAGGAAAUUCGCUCGAGAGUAAAAUAA